AUGAAGGUUCUGACGUUGCCUCCCGCCAUAGCCACGUUCGUUAUAGUGGUCCUCGGCGAGGUGAUCUUGAGAGCACUUCGCCGCUUCCUCCCGGAGAAUCUUUCAGCGCGGAAAGAGGCGGCUCUUGCGGCGGAGAUAAAGCGCCUCAAGAAGGAGGCGAAUCGGCUGAACACCCCCAGCACCUUCUCUCGCUCUGCACUUCUAACUCGCACUGCCACUGCCAAGGAGAAAGAGCUGAACGCCUUCCUUCAAUCCAUUCCCCCUGUGCUAUUUGGCAGUGAAGGCGCAGCCAUCCCGUAUCUGGUGGACGCUGAUUCGCUUUGUCCUCCCAUACACCAUACAGUUUUGCUCUUUUAUUUUUCACUCGUUCCACUCUGCUGCACUCCUGUGCAGGCAUGCGCCUAUGUGCUGCUGGUGCUCUCGUUCCGCUCCAAGCCCGUUGUCAUUCUGCCGGUGGACGUCGUCUAUCCAUUCGGGCGACUCACAUACCGCCCCUCUGCGGCGUCUAUACGGGUCAACGCGGUCAACGCGGUUAACGCGGUCAACGCGGCCAGCGCGAGUGAGGUGGAGGCGAGAAUCGCUGUGGCCGCCAACACGGGCGCGUUGGACCUUAGCGACUGCGGCCUGACGGCCAUCCCUCCAACUGUUCUUCACCUCUCAGAACUCUCCGACCUCUCUCUGGCCGGCAAUCAAAUCAAAUCCAUCCCUCCUGAGAUUGCCAACCUGUCCAAACUGCGCCGGCUGGGUCUAGCAGGCAACAGGCUGCAGCGGCUGCCACCUGAAAUCGGCCAUCUGACGCAGCUGGAGGGGCUGUGGCUUCACGGGAACCUGCUUCACGAGCUCCCAGACGAGAUCGGCCACCUCACAGCGCUGCGCUUCCUGGCUCUCGCAGGCAACCAGUUGACGCGGUUACCACACACGCUGGGCAGGUUGACGGCACUGCAGGUGCUGUCCGUCGCUGGUAACCAGCUCGAAGAGUUACCACAAAGCAUCGGGUCGCUCGCCUCUCUAAGGGUCCUAGCUGCCUACGGCAACGCUCUCACAGCCCUACCACCCUCCAUCACCCACCUCUCCUCCCUUCAGGAGCUCUUUCUUCAAGUGUCUCCCACCUCUUCCCUCCCUUCAUGUCACUUCACUCUCUAUAUUGCCCUUGCCCUCUCCUCCCAUGCCAUCUGUACCUCCAUCCCGCCUCACUCUUUCUUCCCCUUUUUUCGUCUCCCUCCCUUCUCCCCCUACGGCAAUUCUAUCGCUCACCUGCCACCAGACCUAGCAGACUGCUCUCGCCUUGCCAACCUCUGGCUCGAGGGCAAUCCUCUCUCGCUCUCCCACACCAGUCUCUCCGACACCUUUCAUCGAAUCAAGACUGUGGGGGUAGACUCGCAGCAGCUGGUACCAUCACAGGGCAUGCAGCCACCUCUUCCAAGCAACGUGCUUGUCAGCCGGCUGGCAGGGACUGGGGCAGCGCAACGAGACGGUGGCUAUUUCAAGGUGCAGCCAUGGCAGCACGUAAAUUCUGCGUCAGAGGCAGAGGGCCACCGCUCUGAAGUGCUGGUUGUGGCCUUUGGCAGCGCUCCAGCCGUGCCCAACUGGGCGGGGCUGCUGCGCAAGGUGAAGGGAGACAUGGGUCUCACAGCAGCCAUGGGAGGAACCACCACACCCUUUGACACACUCUACGUCGUCGAUUCCACCCGCUCCUGGUACACGCAUGCUCCCCUCUCCACACUCACAUCAGCAGCAAGCAAUGCGAACCUGGCGCCACCUCCUAUGCUCUCUCAUGUCGGUGCCUUCUCCAUGAACCAAGGCUCGACUGGUUGA